AUGUCCUUCAACAUUGGCCCCCUUGGUCCUCAUCCCUCUUCACGUCGAGACUCUCCACUCAUUCGUGAGACUCACUUCGACGAAGACGACAGACCCUACUAUGAUGAUGACGAUGAUGAUGUCCUGGCAGAAGUUGAAAGUCGAAGAGACCGUCGAACACUCACCCAGUCUGGUGCCCGUUCUGAUGCCUAUCCUAUCGAAAUCAGAAGAUACAGUAGUCACCAGUCUCAGAAUCCUGAGAGUGGUAUAGGCUCUCGUGCGCCCGAGACUCAGCGAGAACGAUUCAAGGACACUGCCCCUACCUCUUACGCUCAAAAUACUCAACUACAGAGCCGGACAAGGCUUGACGGCUAA